AUCCGGCCUAGUGGAGGAGGGGGAAUGGCCAGUCUGGUCCCAGGGGCAGCGGCUCUCGCCGCCCCGGGAGCGGCCCGCAGCAAGAAGCGUCCGGCGAGCCCGGGCAACGGCAGCGGCCCCAGCAAGAAGAAGAAGGUGGCGGCGGCGCCGAGUGGCCCCCAGCUAGCAAGUGUAGGUGCAGAGACCAUGAAUGAGAAUAAAUUUAUGACUGUGGAUCCCAAUACCGGGCCAAUGGAAGCCGCCAUCAAACCAUUGCCAUUUAAGGAUCCAAACUUCAUUCACUCUGGCAUUGGUGGAGCAGCAGCUGGCAAGAAGAACAGAACUUGGAAGAACCUAAAACAAAUUCUUGCUUCUGAAAGGGCAUUGCCAUGGCAACUCAAUGAUCCUAGUUACUUUAAUAUCGAAGCUCCUCCUUCCUUUAAACCAGCCAAGAAAUACUCUGAUAUUUCAGGACUUCCUGCAAAUUAUACAGAUCCACAGAGCAAGCUGAGAUUCAGUAGCAUUGAAGAAUUUGCUUACAUUCGGAUGCUUCCUUCAGACGUUGUUACAGGUUACCUGGCAUUAAGAAAAGCAACGAGUAUAGUUCCCUAAGACUUGCAAAAUGCCUUUGAGUGACCAGCCAUGGAUUGGGAUAACAUUCAGUGUUUUAAAUAAAACUCUGAUUGUGGCAUUGAGAUUAUUGGGGGGGUGGGAGGGGUUUGUUACAAAUUAAUACUCAUAUUUAUGUCUGAAAGUGGCUGGAUUGAAAUGUGCAUUCGAAAGAAUAUUUAAUUUUAAUUUUGAUACAUCUGUAUAUUUGUUAGCUUGCUGACUCUUAAGAAUCCUGUUGUAGUCAACAAAAGAUCCUGAAUGUUUAGGGUGCAGUCCUGGCCCUACUGAAAUCCGUCUGAGUUUUGCCAGUUACUUCAAUGGGGCCAGGAUUUCACCCUUGCUAUUGUUAAGUGCACUGAUAUUUGUCUCAGAAGAAGAAUGAGUGAUCUGAGCCCAGGAGUAGUGACCAAGAACUCCUGAGUUCUAAACCUGCCUUGCAUAUGGAGAAGUCACAAACUCUUCGUUUCAGUUUGCCCCCUCUGUAAAAUACUUGUCUGAAUACUGUUGUGGGGAUUAGUUGGUUAAUGUCCAUUAAGUGUAUUGAAAAUGAAGAUGUCUAUUCAAGUGCUAAUAUGCUAAUAUUUAUAUUGCAAACUUAAAUAUGGGGCAGGGCGCUGGGUGGGGAAACAGAUACUGAAUAACUUGGGAUAUUUUAGCUUUCAGAUAAUCAAGAGAACUGUCAUUGUAAUUAAAAUUAUACACACAAACUAUGAUACAAGACUCAAUCAUAAUGAAUAAGGAAAAGAGGGGUGAAUUAAGGUUGCAUAAAUUCUGGCAUUUCCUUAACUUUUGAGUACUUGACUUUGCAACCCUAAUAAUAAUCUUUUUAAUGUAUUUUUUGGUAUGAAAUUUCCUAGUUUAAAAAACAAACAAACUGAAAGAACAAAAAUUCCAUCAUUAGCAUCAUAGAAACACCCCUAUGGUUCAUCAACAGGGUUGGAAUCUUCUGAUUCGCCACACUGACCUCGGUCGCAGGAACUAGUGGAGUAACUGAUAGCAAUAGUGGGUUGGCAUCUGCUCUAUGGACCAGCACUAGAGGGGUGUUAGAUGCUUUGCCAACUGAUUUCACAGAUAUUUGUUCACAGGAGAGGAAUGAUGAGACUCGGAAAUCUUGGAUUCCAGUCCAGGUUUUAGAGGGGAGUGUGAUCUAGUGGGCACAGUCUGUUCUGCCUGUUCCUCCUCCUAAAGUGUGAUCCCCUCUGCCUUUUCCCCUCCAACCUGUCUCUGUCCUAUCUCUUCCCCAUGCCUGGCUCCCUGUCCCAGCCUCCUUGCCCCACAAGUCCUCAUCUCACCCAUUUGGGCAUCCAAUCUCAGUCUCUCUCCUCCCCACCCAAGUCCCUUUGCUCAGUUAUUCCAAGUCCCCCACCUCACUCUCAGCUCCUUGUCUUGUCUACGUGCCCAGUGAGUCCCCGUUCCCUCUCUCCCGGCUCCUCAGCCAGUCAUUCUUUCCCUAGCCCUGGCUUCCAGUGUCUCACGCACACACCCACCCCGCCCAACGCAUGCUCCCAGUCCUAAUCUCCCUCCCCGAGCUACUUGGCUAGUCUGGGUCUCCCCUGCCUCUGGCUCCCUCUCCCAGUCUCUGCCCAGCUAGUCCCAGUUGUCCCCCUGCACCCAAUCUUGUCAGAUCUGUCUCCUCCGUCUCACUGCACCACUGGUUCUUAGUCCCAUAGUCUUUUAUUGAAUUUUAAUGGCCAGGUUAGGGAGGAACGGAGUCAUGUGAUCUUGUGGAAUGAGCCUGGGCUCAUGGUAGCAGGUCUGUUCUAAUCAGAGCUCUGCCACUGACUCGCUAAGUUACCUUGAGCAAAUUGCUUCAUUUCUGUCCGUUUCCUCAUUUGUGAAACGGGGCUAAUGGUACUUAGGAGUCUAAUCUCCUAUUAAUGAAUGUCUGUACUGUGUUUUGCACACAGCGCCCUAUGGCAGUGCUAAUUAUUAUUAUAGAUUUUUCUCUACUGCCGGGAUGUAUACACAGAGUACUGUCAACAUUGGCUUACUUCCAAGCCCUAAACAGGAAGGUUAAUUAAUGGGAAAUUUCAAAUUUACCGGCUGUAUCUGGGAUUUAAAUGCCCAUUUUUUAUGAUCCAAAACUUACAAAACAAAGUCAAUUAAAAAAUCUUUUUGACGUGUUUACAACAGGUCCCUCAAAUCCUUGGAUAUUGGAUAAUGCCACAACUAUAUCCCAGAACAGGAAAUAAUAAAACAGUAUAUCUCACGUGAUGCCAGUAAACAUCAAGGCCACAUUCACUUCGCGUAUGUGUUUUAAAAGGGAUGUUUUCUCCCUACUUUAUGUACUGAAGAGGUGUUUAAGAUAAGCUUAACUUUGAUAUGAAAAGAAAUCUUGUAGUACUACUGUAAGAUCAGUAUUGCUUUGACUAAGCAGACAGCAGCUCAGAAAAUUGGAUUUCAGCACAGGUUAUUGGCUCCCACAAACACAUUUAAAAUUCUUUUGGUACAAACCCACAUAGGAAUGCUUUUAGAGUCCACUUUUCCCCCCAGUUUUGUUAUAGCCAUGUUGGUCUCAGGAUACGAGAGAGACCAGCUGGGUGAGGUAAUAUAUUUUAUUGGACCAACUUCUGGUGGGUGGAAGGGACAAGCUAUUGAGCUUCCCAGAACUCUUUAAAGUCCCUAGCAGGUGUGCUGUUGGGGCAUAACUGUAGGGGAUCAUACAAUGUCACUGUGUAACCAGAUUUGUUUAAAAGUUUCU